AUGCUUACUCCACCACAACUGGUGUUGUUGGUGAAUAGUGUGGACCAAGAGAGUUGUAGAAGGAUUUUGUUGGUAAUUUUUCUCCGCUCUCGUCUCGUUGGGAUGGCUAAAACGUCGAGACUGAAAUAAAUACAUCAUCUUCUUUCUUCCUGUAGGUUUUUGGGAUAAAAUGGCUUCACAGCCACCCCAGAGACCACGUCGAAAUGCGUCGCCUGCAUCAAGCUCAAAACUACAACCUAUAAAGGCGACUUUCCCGUUCUCGCUGAUAGCUCAUGGCAAUCCAAGUCCCACUCGUGGGAAUGGGCUGCGAAGACCAAGUCCAUCUUCUUCACCGGUCCAUGGCAGUGAAAAUGGUCUCAAACACCGCAGAAGUUCGCCAGAAACACGUGGAUCUCCCGAGCAUCGACGGAGUCCAUCUUCUCCGUCUUCUUCGUCCAGCUCGAAAGGUUAGCUGAGUGACGUGCUUUUGAAAUAAACCCUUUAGACGGGAAAUUAACCUUCGAAGAGUCGCAAUUUAUAGCCAAUAAAUUCUUGACCCGGAUGCCAAGGAUAAAUCCUUAUUUCUAGGUUCACUAUGGUACGCCGUCCAAUUUCGCUUUUCAUCUGUCGGUCAUCUUUUCGCUGUUCAACGUAUUGACCUAUUCUGAAAGCCAUUUCCGUUGUUUCAAAACAGUUUAGGUCGAGCUUAGUUGACAAUUGAUAAAGAAGUUAUAUCAUUUUGUUCGCAGGUGAAAGAAGCAAAAUUACAAAAAGUAAUUCAGUUUCCUCAAUAAGAAGGACCUCGUCAUUAGACGCCAUUUCUCCUUAUAUGAGUGGACAGUGGCCGAAAGAGGUUGGAAGUUACGGGCCGAGUAUGUGCCACAAAUCAACACAGGUUAGUUAGGUACCGCGCUAUUAAUAAAACAUUUCUUAAAAACUGCAAAAUCUAGGCUAAUUUGGAGUAAGAAAAGCAGAUACAAGUAAUUCACAAAGGAAUAAACUAAGCUUAAGUAAAUUUAAUUGCCUUUUGGUUCACUUAUUGAAUCUCGGCCAUGACAACGAGUUUAAUUCCCAAGCAACUCUGAAAUUUGAUGAUCUAAGCUGUAAAUUAAGUUUGUUUUAACUCGCAUGAUGGAGUCCGCUUGACAGGGAACAUUGAACAAAUCUUAACCAGCAAAGCAAAGUCAAAUCUAUUGGCUGUAUAAUUGUAGGAAAGUUUAUUGAAGGUUUUUUUACAAUCAGCUUGAUUUAGGGGUCAAAGAAUCAUCAGUAAAAGUUUUUCAUGUUUAUUGUAACUGGUACUUGCAGUUCUGGCUGUGUUAAGAUGCUGCAGUAGCAGAAUGGUGGAAAAAUUAUACUCUGCUUCCUAAAAGUUUGAUGAGGAGCAGUGUUACCUGGAUAUUACAAAGGAACGUACUGAUGAUAUUUGGAUAAUGACUGAGCCUUCUCCCCCUUCUUCGCUGCCCUACCCAUCCCACCCUGCAAGUGUAAAUCCUGUUUAUCAUGCUCCUGUUUUGGAAAUAUAAAAUGCAUGUUUUUGAAAGGGAGUCCUUGAGAAAAUUUAUGAAGGUAGUUGAAAGUGGCUGAAUGAUUCAGACUCUGCGGACUUGUUUACUUGGCCUGUUUUCUUUUGUUCAAGUUUGACUUGGUCUAGUGAAGAUAGGGUGGGGUAAUCAAUGAAUGUGAAACAAUCAUGGCUUGUUUUUCAUUUAAAAUAUCUGCCUCGUUAUUUCAUUAAAUAAGAUUAUGGACACUUUUUUUCAUCCACUGGUUCUAGAGAAAGACAUAUUAUGGUCAGAGCUCUGGGGGACAGCAAAGCAAGGUUGCUGUAACAGUAUCCCAUAUGUGCAAAUCAACUUGUAAAUUACAGCGUAACAGGGUACAUGCAGAAUCCUCAAUGUAGGCUGUCAGCUCUUGAAAUAAACCAGAAACUUAAAACUCUUUUAUUUAUGAGAUGUUGCAAUGAUUGGCUUGUUAAAAAAGUCAUUGUUAAAACAGGGUCAGGUGAAAUUCAAAAUGCAUUUCCUGUAAUUUGUUGAGUUUGUUGGUGACCGAGAACAAGAUGUUACUUGCCAGCUUUAGAUAACAUCUGUGAUGCAGGGUAGACAAAAUUCAAAUUUUAGUGACUUUGAGUUGUAUUGUUGUGUAGACGCCAGCUUGGGAAGAGAGUGAAAUCGAAGAAAAUUUUGGAACAAGGCACAAGAGAUCGAACUCUUUGGGAAGUGCAGACCAGAAAAUAAAAGAGGUAACUGAUGCACUGAACUAGUUAUGAGCUAAACAUACUGUCAAAUAAUGGAAUGUAGAAUUAACCCUGAGUAAAUUUGCUAAGUGCUGAUGCUCCCUUGGAGCGUUAGGCCUGGUAUAGGGAAAGCCCUUAUUAAUGUAUAUGUUGGACAAGCAAAUUUCACCACCAAGCCUAGUUUUGAAAAUUGUAAGUUGCGAAGUUUUGGGUUAGUGAAUUCCCAAGGCAGUUUGGUUGAAAAGAAAACCCAGGUACAAAGAGUGUAAAUGCUAAGAAUUUUGCUUACAAACAAGGCUUGAUGGUUAGCCUGCGAAAACAGCCAUUUGCCACUGGGGUCGUUUUGUGAGGAGUAACAUCUAUGACUCGGCUGAUUCCAUGCUGAUGACGUAAAUUCUGUUCAGAAUCCGGUCAGAAGCGCUGAUUGGUUGAUGGAGUAGUUACAUUGUUUUAGCUACUGUUUACGAACGACAGACAAAAGACAAAAGGCAACAGAUGUCAAAUAUAAACUUGAUGAAUCUCUAACAAAACAGUAAAUAUUUGUAGAAUAUAGUCUUCUCUAGAAGAAGCAUUGGAUUUUUCUGGUGCUUGUUUGCAGAUGAACACAACGCUUUACCAAAAUCAACCAGGAAAAAUGUAAAAUUGAACAAGUUUGCAUUUGGAACUUCAUGACUACCGGAUUUAUUAUGUGCACUGUAAAUGUUGAUUUAUGUCAUCAGUAUGGAAUUUCUGCUGCUGAGACGUAGACAUUCCUCCACGCAAAACGUCCCCAGCGGCAAAGAGUGAGAAGAAACGGCUGUUUUUGCAGGCUACUUGGUGGUAGAAUUUGCUCUUCUGUUAGAAUCGUACACAAUGGCCCUUAGGGAGUUGUGUAAUGAAAUAAUGGUUGUUCAUGUAGGUCACUGCAAAUUAACAACCGUACAUUGUGUCUUCAAAUGUCUAGUAAUAGUCAAUUUUGAUAUUCCCCAAUGGCCCUGGGAUGAGAGACUUCUUAGUGCAAAGGUUAAUGCGGGGAACUUCUUGGUGCAAACACAAACAAAAUCAGUAAAUGCCACUGAAUUGCUGGAAACAAUAUAAAUCAUGAAAAUUAUAAUAUUUCAAAGUUCAAACCUUACCAGUAAGCUUAAGGGUUAACUGUUUCAAAGAACAAAACUGUGGGAAGAGCUUGUCAUACCAAGAGAAAAAUUAAAAAAAUUGUGAAUCCAAAAGAAGAAUGAGCUUAGAAAUGGUAAAUUGUGUUGAAAUAUAAGUAUUCAAAUUCUUGUAAUUUUCAUACUUCUUUCUGAUAUUAAAUGCUUGGUGAUGUGCAGUAUCUGAUCACUGGAAUGUUUGUUUUUCAGAAAUUAAAACAACAUUUGCAGCGCACAAAGCAAGGGAGUAAAUCCAGUCAGACUUAUGGGCGUCAAUCUCCUCUCCAUGGUGAUCACACAGCCAUUGCUGCAAGCAGACUUCCUCAGUCAAUUCCCAUAUCAAUCCCUUUAGCACCAAGGCAAUCAGAGGGACCGCAGAAGCGAAGCCUGGAGGGGCUAAAUUCUGAAAUUCAGAAACUAGUCCUGACAGACACCCAGUCAGACAGAGUGAGUAUUACAAUAACGGAGUGAUUUCUUGCAUACUGAUUGGUGGAGAGCUAUUUUUUUUCAACUUUAUUAGUAACUUUAGGGAAAAAAUAAUUGUACAUAAUUUGUUCAAUACAUGUGCACAACAAUAGCCAGCAAAAUACACUAAUUACAUUACAUAGUGAAGUAAAAAGAAACCAAAAAAAAAACCUUUUUCUGUGUGCACAAUAUGUAAACGUUUUUUUGGUGGAGAGCUAUGUUUGAUAAGAGUACAGACCAUGGAAUUGCCUUGAUGGUGGUGCAAUUUGUUUUUCUCUUUCUCACACAUGCGGUUUUUCCUGAAACCUAAACAGAAAUGGACGUUAAAAUUGUCAGUGUUAUUGUAAAAAACACAAAGACAGCAAUUUUCCAUAGAAAUGAUGUCAAAAUGUUCUAAACUUUGCGCUGAGUGAAACCGCUCGCUUGUAGCUCAUGGUUUCCCCUAAGUUUUGAAGAUUUAGAUGCCAUUUCUAUGGUCGAUAAAAGUACAGACCAUCGAUAAUUGUUGUUGAUUUUUUAUUUAUUGCAUCUCUCGGUAUAAGUACAGAGUUUUUCUUUUGAACCCAACCUGACCAACCUGACACUUUCUUCACAAAAGUCUGUCAUACUACGUAAGUGAAUAACCUAACAUGUUACACAAAGGGUUUGUUCAGUUGGUAUUGAUAUUGAUUCAAUUAAUAUUCCGGAAUAAGAAUAUGCAAAAGUUUUGUUACAAAAUGUCUGCUACUGUGAUUUUUGGAUCAAUUAGAUGCUCCAUGAAUCUUACCAUUUUAUUUUAAGCAGAUUUCUCAAUAUUGUUGUGCACUGACUGUCAAAACAAGUGAUUUCUAGAGUCAAUUCCUUUUAUUCUUAUUCUGGAUUAUGGUCAAUCGAACGUGCGAAAAGGAAGCCCUUUGUUUGAUUGUAUUGUCCCGGAGAAGGUAUUGGAUUAAGACAGUGAAGUAUGUGAAGUAUUUGACCUCCCUCCUGGCAAGUUUUGGCCUCUAUAAACAGAAAAUUUUUUUCCUCUAGGUAAUUGAUCAUAUACCAGAUGGUCGAAGGGCCCCUGUUGCAGAGGUACUGUCACUGCCAUUUCGUACCGUAGACAUUCAUACCCAGACAACAGCUGAGAGUCAAGAUGCGCAAGACAGUGGGAGUGCAAACAGUAGCAGUAGAAGCCACUCCACAUCACCAACAUAUCCUAUAAUGCCAGGGGCAUCAGAUUCAAGGCCAUCUUCAAGGUGUUCCUCAGGAGGGGCUGGGGAGGCUGAGGAGAAUGUGUCUCCUGAGCUUCCUGCUGUAGGGCCUAAGUAUGCAUCUUCUCCUAAACCCAACAACUCCUACAUGUUUGCAAGAGAACCUCCUGAUGGUGCAGAGAAGGUCACACUUCAUGUUGAAGAUGCUGACAGGUCAGUGCAGUAUACAUGACAAAGUAUUAAUUUCUUAGUAGGUAUCAGUGCUGUCAAUGGGAAGCUUAAGCAAAGCUGUUUUUGAGCGACCUACAUCAACUGUAUACCUAAAUGCUACCAAUAUUGUAUUGCUAAUUGUCUUUACUCUUAUCAAGAUGAUUUGUGUGAAGAAUUUGGGUAAAGCCACUGCCCAAGAAUGCAAAAAGUCCUCUUCAGGUUGAUGUGAAUCUCUUGAAAACAUUAGGGCCAUUUAUACGAGGAAAAAUAAGACGCGUCUUACACAAGACGUGUCUUAAAUAAGACGCGAACUUUCUGUAUAAACGGCACAUUUCGUCUAAAAUAAGACGCGGCUUAGCUAAGACGCGUCUUAUUAGAUAAGACAUGCUCGUAUAAAUGGUACAGUUUGCAUCUUAUUUAAGACGCGUCUUAUGUAAGAUGCGUCUUAUUUUUCCUCGUAUAAAUGGCCCUAUUGUUGUUUAAAGUCCCUAUUCAGAACCAGGCCCCGGGCUUCUAUAAAAGUGCCCUUCAAUUACUCUAACAAAAAACAGAAGAAAAAUAGAACCAGAAGAAAUCCCUAGCUGUUUAAUUCCCUGCCUGUUUGUUGUAUUCACGCGGAAACUUAAAAUCUAAGUGACAUUGGACCCUGAUGUAUCUUGAACUGCUUCCUACAAUACCAGCCAUUGCAUCUGCAUACAUUGUAUGGUCAUGUUGUGAAAAAGUAUGACCUAAUUUGUAACAAGCAUCACAGGAUUUGUCCUUGGGUCCUAAGAGUUUGAAUCUGUGCUCAGGUGACCUUUGGCAUCCAUUCAUGAUUAAACUCAUCCAUACAUGAUUAAACACAUCCAUACAUGAACACAAUCUUGAUAACAUUAAAUUACAGUGAUAUACAGCGAAAUAGGGUAUCAUUUUCCAAAGACCAGUAACAUUUAUAUCCAUAGCACUAGUUCAAAUCGUCUUCACUUUAACUCUGUUACAAGACUCUUACCAUGAAGGCCAAACAUGGCAGCCAGUUGAAAUUCUAUUUUUUAGUGAGAAACCAUGUAACCUUAGGUAACAAUUGCAGCUUUAGGUUGUGUUUUUUUGUUGUUGUGGUCAAGCCAAGAUACAGCUGACAGUGCCCUUGUGUUGGAAAAUUAAGUAAAAUAGAAAAAUAUUGAUGCAUCUGUUGGCAAACCUUGAACUCAAUUCUUAUUUCAAGACGUGAAUAACAUGCUCUGUGAAACCAAUGGUGAAUGAUCUUUAAAAGAUGAUCUGUUUUUAGGGAUUAAUGGGCAACCAGAAAAUGGUUUGUCACUUUAUUAAAACGUAUUUUCAAGGCCCAGGAAGACCAAUAAACAACAUAUCAGGGCUGUUUUCAUCAGUAAAAUUAAGUGAAAGGUAUCAUUAGUGUCCCCUUCUUAAUGAAAGGCAAAAAUAAUAAUAUAAGUUUUUUUGACCAGUUUUUAUAGAGAGUGUAAGUUGUUUUUCUUCUUCUUUUUUUGCUGUUAAAGGGAUGCAGCCAAAUUGCUAGUUGGACCUGACAAGACAAAAGUAAAGAUUAUAAACAUAAGUUCAAGAUCAGCGUUCUCUGCAUUUUCUGCACUACCUUCCUACCCCAAGAUGGCCGUCCCUUCUCAUGCAACAGCCAACCAGCAACUUCCACAAGUAGAGGCAUCACAGUAAUGUUCAGAACAGUGUAAAAGUGUGCAGUUGACUCUAAGAUACAUGUAGACACUGUUGAGACCACCACAAAGUGUUUGUUCAAGGGGGUAGACUGCCUUAUAAUGGUGGUAAGGGAGAAAGACUCAUCAGCAGAUGUUAGAUGUUGUUUUCAGGAAUUGUUGGUCUUAUGGAAGUGUCUGCUAAAGGAGAAUCUGCUGGACUAAAUAAGGAGGUUGAAAACUGCCAAAGGUGGUGAAACCUUUCAUCUGAGGUUCAUGUACUUAAAAAUAUAAUAAUUUAUUACUUGGUUUACAUUCUGAAGAACAAAAACAGGUUCUCAUUCAUUGUUACAGUGAGCACUCCAGUUAUCCCUCUUCUUUAAGAUUAUUGGUUCUGGUAUGCCUAAAUUAUGAAAAACUCGUACUUUUUAGAAAGGUUUGCAGAGAAUUGAGUGGUUGGGUCCGAUUGUCUUCGUUUUGUGUUGCAAAAAGAAACAAGUGCUUAAUAUUAUUUAUACAAAAACAGAUUUGUUUUUCUACUGGAUUAAGACAGCUGUAUUAUAUACACUUUGUUUUCCAUGGUUACAGUGUAGUUGUGUUUGGGAUAUAUGGCCAAGAUGUCGAUAUUUAUAGUGCCUUUUAGAUUUCAAUACAAGUACAACUUUUUAUAGUGCUAGUGUAGUUGUCGAGCCAGUCAUGUUGCUAAACUACUUUAAAUACACCUUCCUCUGGCUGUCCAGCAAGCUGAGACUCAAGAAGCUCUGUCAUGUAUCUUUCAGGUUUUUCCUUUUCAAUCCAUUUUAAUCUUCCCCAUUCCACACCAUCCUUAAUUUAUGUUUCACUUGAACCUCGUGUUGGUUCUCUUUUUACUAAAAAAAAGUACAUUUUUCUUAAGAUAAAUUUUUGUUGCAAAAUAUUGACUUAAAAUGUUGAUAGAGAUCUUUCAAGCCACAACUGUCUAGUUUUAGCUAAAGCAACAAACUCAGUUUGCCAACUCACACAGGUACACAAAUCUUGUACUUGUAUUCCAAUCGAAAGGUUACCGUUGGAAAGAAAGAUUUGAAUGUCUGCCAACUGGCAUAUUCUGCAGCCAACUAGUGAGAUUCUUGUGAAGUUAUAGUUAGGUUGGAGGUGGAUGGAGGUGAAAGAAGUUGGGUUAAUGUGUAUUGUAAUUUCACAAAUCCCUAAAAGUUUGCACUGUUAUUUGUUUCACUGUAUGCCAACCCGAAUUCUUCCCCAUAACAUGUGUCUUACGACUUCCAGAAGGUUUUUGCCUGAGGGUAGUGUAAUAGCAGCAUUUUGUCAUUACUUACAUGACAACUGCUGUCAUGUUAACACUGCAAGGGUAAAACUUUUUCUCUCAGAAUACCCUUGAUAGUGUAGAGCUCACAAAAUGUUGUUUCUUUUUGUUUCAUCUCUGAUGUCAAUUUUCCAUGUCAUUUUCCAGUGUCACCUUGUUUGUCUUGACAACCCCAUUUUUAAGCCUCGCUCAAUCUGUAUUUAUAUAUAUAUAAAGAAGUACCAGUAAAAAAAACCACUUAAUGGAUUGUUCUGAGGGAGGUUAGUGUUUGGUUCAAAGAUUGUAUAGUAUGUUUAUUCCAUUAUUGUAUUGAGGAAGUGUAUCAUAUUCAUAAAUAUUUAGUGUAACUCAAGGAAACAAACCUUUCUAUUAUAACGUGAACAAUUUAGGAGUUUUAUAUCAAAGAAAACUAUUGUGACAUUCAUUGACUUAAAUUCUUAAUGUAUACUACAGCUCUUGAUGUAAAUAUUUUAUGGAUUAAGAUGACUAUAUGAUACUUGUAUAUUUUUACAGUUAAAGAAAAUCAAAAUCUGUUGUAGAUUUAUGCAACAUUGAAGGCUGUUCAGAUUUUGUGUACUGAGACUAGUUUAGAUUGCAUUGCAUAUCUUUUCUUUAUCUUGACUUUUGACCUACUUGUACUGGCUGGUUCAGUCUAAGUUCAGCAGUUAAUACUGACACUGGUAAAAAAUAUAUGGAGUCUUGCAGACUGGCAGGUAAAUAAGGUGUUUACUCUAAAACUUCCCAAGUCUGUGGAUAGCUUUUGGUUAAUUUAUUUUUGCCACGACUGUGAGCAGCUUCUCUGGUUAGUUAGCCCACCAAGUGAAACAUGUGAAAGAUGAGAAUGGCUACACGUGUGACCUCAGGCACCAAAUGGGAGGGGCUUCUUCUAGGGCCUGCCAUCCUGGCCCCUAUGUGCUGGUACUACCAUUGCACUAUUAAACUUUACAGAAAAAUAAGAGACUGCUCAUUGGCUAUUCACAGCAGCAUUUCCUUUGUUUACCCGCCGGUAUGCAGUCUGUAUUUUGUUGCCACUGCCUUACAACUUUGUAAUAGACCCUUGCUGCAAACAGAAUCAUACUUUCUGUGGCAUUGAAAAAUAAAGCUGACAAGAAAGUUGAUGGGAAGUGCGGGGUAGCAUAUUUGAGGAUAUUUAUUCAGUUAACAAAUACAGG